GCAAGUCAUAAUUCAUCCCUGAUUCACCACAUCAUCACGUGAUAUCUGAUUUGAGGCAUAAAUACCGCUGUCUGUAAGCGCAAGACAGCUGAAGUCUUUCAGGAGAACACAGAAUAUACGAUACAUUACAGUUGGACGCAUUACCAGUCAACACUCCAUUAAAAAAAAUGAUGGCCGAUUGCAUAGAUGAUUCUCAGUUUGCCAUCAGUGAAUCCACAUGGAGUCCAGAGUUCAUCCAGGAGCUUCUUCCGUCUGCGGAGAGAACGGCUCUCCUCUAUAAUCUGUCAUUCUUGUGUCUGGGAGGCUUCCCAAAGCUGGAGCGUAUGAUCAGAGACCAAGCUAUUGAAACACAAAUGCUGUUCGGAACCUCUGAGGCUGUUCUGCUGAAGUGUGUUGGCACAAGUUCCAACCUGGUCUCUUCACUGUUCCCGAUGCUGAAGAAUGCUGUUCUGAAGAAUAAAUCCCUUCUGGCUGUACAAUACCUGGAGAAAGCCAGAACAUGGAUCAAUGACAUCAUCAGAGCUGUGGAUGACAUUGUGAAGAGGUAUGACCAACAAACCCGAAAUGUGAAAUCAUGCACCAGUGAUGUGUAUCAAGAACAGAAAGAGACCGAAGAAAAAAUAACGAAACAAACUGAUGAGGUGAAGGGUCUGGAGGAUGCUCUGGCCAAUCUUGAAAAGGAGCUGAGAAACAAUGUCAAAAAUAUGGAGGAAAUUGAGAGAAGAUAUCAAGACAAAAACAACGAACUACAGAAUCAAGUCAGACAAUAUGAAAAACAAAAACAAUGUGCCUGGUUUCUCAGAGCUUUUGUUCCAUUUUUUGCAUGCCACCAAGAUGCUUCGAACAUGCCUGGCAUUGCUGCUAAACAAUCCGAGCUGUCCAAUCUCAACUCUGAAAAGAACAGUCUGCGAACCAAAGAGUGGAACAUCAAAAUCCAACAGACUGAUCUUCAGCUGAAGUUGGCCAAUUCCAAAAUACUACUGGGUGCGAUACCCAGUCCUGUCCACCUGAAGGAAGUCCAGAGGUGUCUUGAUCAAAUCCGACAAAUUCUGGUUGAUCUUAAAAAGUUCUGGGAGAAAGUGGGUGUUACACUGGACACACUGAAAGAGAAGACCUUUGUUGGGGAGGAUCUGAUUGCAAUGUGUGACAUGAAGGAUGAGUUCCUGAACUCCAUCGAAAUGGCAGGAAAGUACUGGAAGAGAUUUGGUGUGUGCUGUCAGAGAGCACAGGGCAUCUUCAGCCUUCAGUCUAAGGACGCAUAUAAAUUCCUGGAGAUCAAUCCGUCUUCACUCUCAGAGGAUGAAAGGAAGAAGCAGUACACGUCUAUCAUGGAGAAGCUGAAGAAGAUCAAUCCUCAGGGCUCGGCCAAAGCCGCCAUCACUGCAUAACAGACAGAGAUCUGAUGCCUCUUUCACACUUUAAAUGCUCUUUAUAAGGCAUACACAUAUUAAUGCAUGCAGCUUAUAUUGUCAUUUUUGUAAUGCUUUGUAAUCUUUACAACUGCUCUUGCACUUUCAAUUACAGUUCCAAAUACAUAUACACUUUAGUGAGUUGAUGUUAGGAAUAUUUCUCUGUCUCAAUUUAUCUCUGUUAAAAUUGCUUUGCAUUUCAUUAUGGUUUAUAGAUCUUGUUGUCUGGCCACAUGACUGAUGUCUGUCACACAAUAAAGACAAAAGACAUUAAGCAUUUCAUUGUACCCAAAUCAAUCAAAAAGUCUUUUUCCAAUGUUUUC